CGCCGGAAUCGUCAGCCAUAUAGCUUCGCCGUGAUUCACCGUCAGCAGAAACAACACCACCGUUGAAAUCGUAAAGAUUCCUCUGAUCGCCAUCGGAGAGCAGCGAGGGUCUUCUUCUCUUUUUCUUACCCCGACCAAGUCCAACAAGCACAAGGGGAAGGUCAAAGUCCUUCCAAAACCAAACCAAAACAAAGACAGAGAGAGAGAGAGAGAGAGAGAGAGAGAGAGAGAGAGAGAGAUGGGGACUAGAUUUAGUACGAACCGUUGGAUUAACAUCUGACGGUUGAUUAACCAAAAAGGUUAAGGGUAGCCGUUGGAUUGAGAGAGUCCCGGUCAUGACGGGAAUAUAUUGGUCGACGGAUCCAAACAUGAACGGUUUUUUAGCUUUACUAUUGUAAAGCUGGCACGUGCUACUACUACUACACAGAGAAAAUUAUUAUCAAAACAAAAAGCUCUAAAUAAAUAACACAGAAAGCUCUUGUACUCUUUAUUUGAUAAAGAAGAUAAAAGUUUUCACAUAUUGAAAAAUAGUUGAUAUCUAAUCAUAAUUUUAUAAAUUUAUAUUAAAUAUUUUUAUGAUUUUAAGCUAAUAAAAAAGAGAUAGAAUGUUCAUCAUUAUAAAACAGAGGAAAUAUUUACAAAAGUUCAGAUUUUGAAAAUUUUGUGCUUUGUUUAGGUUCACAUAUAUGAAUUAAGAAUAAGAAAAGUUAUAUGGCUUAAUUUUGUGUGGGAAAUAAAAAUCAGUUUAAGUAUCUAAGUUACACUUUCUUAAUAAACAUAUAUAGCACAAAGUCGCCACGCUAUGCCAGGUCUACUAUUCAUGCAUAUACAAAAGUGUACUAUCAACUUUAUGUGUAUAACAAAUUCAUUCAACAACAUCGUUAAAUUCAUUUUAUUUUUGGUAAAAAAUAUGGUGGGUGAUCUGCCAGCAGGAUGGUUGAAUUCGAUUCGUUACUAUAUAUCUACACGGAAUUGAAAACUUUUCUUCAAAAGAAAUUUAAUGGCGAAGAAAAUAAUAAAAAAAGAGAGGUCGAUCCAAUCAACUUAUUGUGAACAAACAAUUUCUCACCAAACAUACCAUUUGGUGUUAGGAAGUGUAUGAAUGAAUGAACUUUGGUUGUUCUGUAAAUGAUAAAUGAAUAUAACUAUAUAACCGAUUGUUAUAGUUAGAUGAACGACAUAGAGACGCCAACAAAUAUUUCGUACUUUUCAAAAUCACACAACAAUAGGAUAGUCGUCAUGAAUCAUUGAUAUUAUCUCCAUUUGACCCAAUAAGUUUAUAAAAUGAUGGCUACUUUCCUUUUAUAAAACGAUGACUACUUUAUUGCUAACGACGUUUGGAUUAAAAUGGAUUACACAUGAUGUGACCAUCUAGACCAACGUCUAUUUCAACGAGAUCUAAAGUCAAAACUCUGGUUUAUUCACAUUCCUUUUACUUUCGGCUUCGGUAAGGACAUUUAUAACAAAGUCAUGCGUGCCUUGGCAUAUGGUUACUGUGUUGGAAACUAUCACACUAAUUUCAUUUAAUUUUAAUAGUAAAUGAUUUACAGUCUGAUCAAUAUUGGUUGGCAUGUAGAGUAGUAUGGUGCAAUAUUGUUUAGCAAAUUUAAAUGUGGAUUUUGAAUUUGAAUUUGAAUUCAGAGACUAAACUUUUAUAGUUUUUUCUUCUUUGACAAGUUUGAAUUUUCAUAGUUCACUUUUGGUCUUAAAAGGAAAAGAAGAAAAAAGCACCAGCGUAAGAAAUCGUUUCAUUACUUAAACAUAAGUACAUGAAGACCGAGUUUUGGGUACACAUGAUAUAGUUUUCUGGACAAUUUUUUACACGAUUUGGUACAGAUGAUCGAUAAAGUUGAUAACGAGAUCAUGAGUUCGUGAAUAUUAUAAUAAUCAAUAUCUAUGUACUGUUGUAGAAGUUAAAAAUAUUCCUUUAAUUGUUGUGUUUGUGUUCAAGCCUAAGAUAGGAAAUCCCUAAACCAAGAGAAAAAUCAUGCAUUGCUUUUCAUAAAGUAAUUUCUACGAUUAUAGCAUUGCGGUCGGUGAAGUAGGUAAAAACAGUGGUUAGUAAUAGACUAGUAGCAUAAGCGAUGCCGAUAAUGUUUAAGAUCGCUGUAGAAAAUGCUGCUAAUUUUGACUAAAACUUAGUAAAUAAAAUGAUCCAAAUGAUAUUUUCUUAAAAAUGUUAAUAAAGGGUUUAGCCAAAAAUAAUUAUGUGGAUGUGAUAAAAAUAAAUAAUAGUCAGUUUGCGGUGAUCUAGGAAUUCUCCUGUUAAUUGAGGAUGUAUUAUGCAAAGCUUUACAUUACGAGUGUAAUCAUUGUUAGCCAAGUUUUUAAUGAUAAGAAAACCUCACUUUUUUACAUAUCUCGAAUAUAAAUUUGGAUUUCUGCAUAGGUUUUUCCAGUUAAAAUCAGCAAACUGACGAGUUUGAUGCGAGAAAAAAUCGUUGCUUCUCUUAUAAGUUCUGACAUGUGUUGCCAUCUGAUAACUUUCUACACAGCAUGUAUACAAAAUGAUUAGAGAUUUUUAAUCAUGGAAAGAGGAUAUGAAGCACAAUUAUUAUGUAUGUCUUAAUUUCAUCCAUUAGUUUCAUAGACAAUGCCAUAGCUAUCAUUAAUCUCUUUCUUACUUACUAUGAUACAACAGGAAACAAACAUUUUUAGGGCUUUCAGGUUUCGGGAAAACGGCCGAUUCCACCAUGAACUUGACGUCUCCAUUGUUUUCAUACACAAACUAUUGAAUCAAGCCAAAACCACCACGAACUAAGUUUAAUUUUGAAUUUCAGACAUGAACUUUUCUAAUCUAGUUAAUUACUACAUAAUCGAAUCUGAUUUCGGUUUAAUUAGCUUCGGGUGCUGACAUGGCACACACGAGGCUGGAAUGGUAUUGGUCGGUUUAAAAUUAGACCAAAUUAAUUUUUUUUUUCAAUUUGCCUUGACAAAACGUCGUUGUUUUGUCAUCUGAAGUUAAAAUUUUUUUUGGGAAAACUAAAAUUAGGGUUCAUCGUGAUUUUAGAAGAACAGAACAAAGAAGAAACGACAUGGGAGUCUGAAAUAAAAAAAACAGAGGAGUAAUCGUAGGGGAUUUCGAGUUCGAGUGGGCUAAUUGAACUGAGAAGUGUUUCUGUGACUAGCGAGUCUGAAAGAUGAGUUCUCAGGAAGACAGACUGAUCGCCUUUGGCUGCUACUAUGGUGGAAAAUUUGAAGAGGUUGAUGGUAAAGAUCUUUACAAUGGUGGUGGUUAUAGGAUAAUGGAAGCUUAUCCUAGUCGUUUAUUUCCAGAGCUCAUGAACCAGCUACCCAUAAGUCUCUAUGGUCAAAGAGUGUGGUUUAAGUUUCCAUAUGAAAGUAUAGAAGAACGACACUUGAUAAGAAAUGGUGACGAUCAGUUCAACAAGAUGUGUAGAGCUUCAGUAUGGGUAGAUUCAAUGGAUAUCUUUGUUGAGCCAGAGACAGAAGGAGAUGAGUCAAGAGCUGAGAACGAGAGAGAGGAGGCAGAUUCAGAGGCAGAUUCAGAGGCAGAGAGAUAUGAGGCUGAGAGGAAUGAACACCAAUUUGAUGAAGAACCAAGAGUAGAAAGGAAUGUGGCUGAUUUUGUUGAUGAAGAUUUUGAUGAGUAUGCUACACCUUUAUGUUCAGACGAUGAUGAAGAUGGUGUUGAGAGAGAUGGGUAUUUGAGGUACAUAAAAGGCAGUGGUGAUCUGAAAUUAAGACAAGCUUUUGAUAGUUUGGAAGCUUUCAAAAAAGCUAUGGUUGACUAUGUGCUAAAGCAUAGAUGGGAUAUUAAGUAUGUGCGUUGGGAGAAAGACAAAUCAGAAUUGAAGUGUGCCAGUGAAGCUGAAGAAGGAGAAGAACAAUGUAUGUGGAAGAUUUAUUGCUCUUAUGAAGAACCGUUACAGAAGUGGCUAGUUAAAGUGUUAAUGAAAGAGCACACUUGCAUGAGGAGUGGAUGGUCAAGCCUGCUUACACAAGAGGUUAUUGCUGGGUUGUUCGUUGAUGACAUAAGGGAAAAUCCAAAAUUAAAGCCAAAACAGAUUCUAGAAGAGAUUCAGAAGCGUUGGGAGUUGACUGCAACCAUAGAUCAGUGCCGGAACGCAAGGAAAAGGGCAUUAGAAAUUAUCAAAGAGGAGCAGGACUUACAGUUCUCACGGCUUAGAGAUUACAGAGUUGAGUUAUUGGAGUCGAAUAGGGGCUCAUCAGUCCAUCUAGAGACAGUCCAAGGUGACGAUGGUAGUGAUGUCUUUUACAGAUUCUAUGUCUGUUUUGCUGCGUUGAAGAAUACAUGGACCUCUCACUGUAGACCUAUCUUUGGUCUUGAUGGAUGCUUUCUUAAGUGUACAACAAAAGGUCAGUUGUUAGCAGCAGUCGGGAGAGACGCCAACAACCAGAUGUUUCCCAUUGCUUGGGCUGUCGUUGAUGUUGAGAAUGAACCCAACUGGAGAUGGUUUAUUGAGAAGCUGCAAACCGACUUACACCUGCAAGAUGGUAAUGGAUUUACUGUGAUUUCUGACAGACAAAAAGGGUUGUUAAAUGCUGUAGAAGAUUUAUUACCACGAGUGGAGCAUAGGAUGUGUGCAAGGCACAUCUAUGGAAACCUAAAGAAGGUACAUCCUAACAGAGCUGACAUGAAGGGAUUGUUUUGGAAGGUUGCAAAGAGUUACAAUACAGCUCAAUACAACAAAAGGGUGGAUCACGUUAAAGCAUACGAUAUGGACGUCUAUAACUCAAUGAUGAUGAAGAAUCCCAAAAACUGCAGCCUUGCUUACUUCUCAUCAACGUCUUCAUGUGAUGAUGUAAGUAACAACAUAUCUGAAUCCUUUAACCAUGCCAUAGACCCUGCAAGAUAUAUGCCAUUUGUGGAGAUGUUAGAGACAAUACGCCGAAAAGCUAUGCUCCGGAUAGAGGCAAGAAAGCUUAUAUCAAUGAAACACAAAGGAAAGUUUAGUAUUAAAGCAGUGGAGAGAGUGGAACUAGAGCAGACAAAGAUCAGGCUGUGUAACAUAUAUCCUUGUGGUCAUGAAAUCUUUGAAGUGAAGGAGAAAAACUUUUCAUACAAAGUAAAGAUGUUGGAGCAUAGCUGUACGUGUAGGAAAUGGGAUAUGUCCGGGUUGCCUUGUCGUCAUGCUCUGAAGGUAAUUGUAGAGAAGAAGAGAAAGAAAGAGGAUUACAUUGGUGAUUGCUAUCUCACUUCGAAGUGGAGAAUGCAAUACCAAACACCGAUUGAGGCUGUUCAUGGUGUGAAUUUUUGGAAGAAGACUGAUGAGUCUGUGAUUGUGCCUCCAGCAACAGAAGAUACAGAUUCAGCGUUAGGAAGAAAGAAAAUUCCAAAGAGGAUAAAAGGGAAGAACGAGUCACCGAGCAAGAAGAAAACAAAGGUUAGACAAGAGUCUCCAACUAAGGUUUCUAGAGAAAAAAGAAUCAUUCAUUGUGGAAGAUGUGGAGCAGUUGGACACAACUCGAGAAAGUGCUCUAGCAUAGGUGUUGAGAUUCAACGUCCACCCAAGAAGAACAAGACAAGCUCGCAGCCAAUGCUUAGCCAAGUGAUUGACUAGAAUCUUAGUUCUAUGUGAUUCUUUUGCUGUAUCUUUCUCAUCUCUAUUGUGCUUGCUAGGAUAUGGUUAUGUUUGUUGUCUUUUGAAACUAAUUGUGUGUCAUCUCUAAGACUUUUGUUUGUGUAAUGGUAUUUUUUUUUUGUUAAUGAAAAGCCACUACUUUUGGUGUUUAAAAUAGAGGCAAACAUGUUUAAUAACCGCAGGUUCAUCUUAUUCUACAUAAAACAUGACACAGUACAAGACAAGUUCAUCUUCUUACUAAAUAAUACAUGACACAGUACAAGACAAGUUCAUCUUCUUACUAAAUAAUACAUGUCUUACUACAAACAUAAUGCAGAUUCAUAACCAAACUACAUAAAGAGCUUAUACAAAAGACCAAACACUACAACACACACAACCAUGUUCUUCAAGCUCUUAAGUUCCAUCUUGACAUCUUCAAUCUCCUUUUCAAAUCCUCUUAGCUCCUUCUCAUAACCGCUAACCACACUGCAACAAGUGUGAGUUUCAAUUGCAAGAGAUUCCAUCUCAGAUUCACAAACUUGUAAACCCUUCUCAAUGGUGCUUGAAGCUCUCUCAAUUUCAUCGAAUUUUUGCUUCAUAUCCUCAAUCUCCUCAACCAUUGAUUCAUCUGUCCAUUUGAACAAAUGAUGACGAUUGUUCUACAACAAUACGACGUUACGUUAAUAUCAGUCGGCUCAAUAUCUUCACCUUCUAUCUAUGAUAUCAAAUUUCCUAUCAAAUUCAUUACAAAGACAAAAGAAAACUAACUAACAACAUUCUGGGUUCAUCAUUCAAUCUCUCAGUCUCUGACAUACCUCAUCGCCAUAGGGACAUUUGAAAAAGAGACGCCCCGGGUUAGUUAUGGUUUUUGAUGUGCGCCGUAUGACUCGUGUGCCACAUCUACAGUAGGUCGGAAAGCCUCUUCCGCUAUCUCCCAUGUCGUCUCUGUUUUCCUCUUUUUUCUUCUUUGUUCUGUUCUGAUGAAAUCGCGAUGAACCCUAAUUUUAAUUAACCCAAUUUUUUUUUUACUUCAGAUGACAAAACGACGUCGUUUGUCAAGGCAAAUCGAAAAAAAAAAUUAAUUUGGUCUGAUUUUAAACCGACCAAUACCAUUCCAGCCUCGUGUGUGCCACGUCAGCACCCGAAGCUAAAUAAACCGAAAUCAGAUUCGGUUAUGUAGUAAUUAACCAGAUUAGAAAAGUUCAUGUCUGAAAUUCAAAAUAAAACUUAGUUCAUGGUGGUUUUGGCUUGAUUCAAUAGUUUGUGUAUGAAAACAAUGGAGACGUUAAGUUCAUGGUGGAAUCGGCCGUUUUCCCUUCAGGGGGUUUCAUAUAUUUUAAUACAGAGGUUUUGUUUUAUUGUGUUACUUUAACUUUGUUCUUUGCAAAUUGGGAACAAAUAAACACGGGCCUCAGUAAUGUAACAACUUCAACAGAAGAAACUAAAUUUAGAUGAUAUCGGCACACUCAGUUUAAAGCCCAACGUUUAAAUUUCAGGCCAUAAACCCAACAAGUGUGAUAAACGCCCAUAUCACAAGAGAGUUUCCAGUUCGAUUAGUUUCCGGUUAAAAAGAACUAAUCUGACCCGAUUAAAGUUAUUCAGCGGGUCAAACCCAACCAGGCUCGUGCCGCUCGUCGAUUAGUACUCACUCACUCCAAGGUACUUUGCUGAAUCCACACUAUUUUCUUAAUCUUCAUUUCUAUCAAUUUGAAUGGUAUCUUUCAUAGGAUUCGUGUUAAGCGUUGGCUUGCGGUAGUGUCUCUUUCUUGUACUAAUCUGGGAUGAUGUCAUUGAUUUUGUUGUCUUCACUCUUACGUUUCUGAUUCACUGGACAUUUUUGUUUUUAAUACCAAGUUUAAGUACUUCACUUUAUUUUAGUCUCUGUCUGACUUAUAAGAUAUAUCAGGUGAAAUCUUCUUCAUCGCAUAGAACAUAUAACAUAAUAAAUUCUUAUAUUUAGCAAUAAAAAACACAUAACAUAAAUUCAAAAUACUUAUAGAACGUAAAUCCAAAUUAUCAUACUAAUGAACUUACAACAAUCUCCGCAAUCUCCGCGAUGAACACGCAAGAGCAUAGAUAGGUAGAUAACAGAAGACACAUUCCUUGAAAUAGGGAGAAAGCAGAAAGCAACGAAGAUGGACAAAGCUUAACAGCAACGGCGCACAUAGCCGCAAACGACAUGAAGAGAAGAGCCACCAUCACAAGCAUGAAAGAGACUUUUUCACAAACUUCACGUGUUCCGUGAACUAUACGUUUCCCGAUUUGUACCAACGCUGCCGCGAGAGACAACGCAAACGCUGUGUUGCUAAACGCCCAAAACAUCUUUGUUGCUACCUUUUUGGCUCGAAACUCAGCUUCUGUCGUUCCUGGUGGUCGAUUUGAUGCGUUGAGAUUAGUUGGUGGUGCAAGAAUUGGUCCGAGAGUGUUGAACAUGACGAUGAGUGCGAUUAUUAAAGUGGGAGCUGCUCGACGGGUGUAACGACCACCAUCAUCCAUUUUUGACUUGAGAACAAAUUUUUAGGAAAUAUUGAGGAGAAAACUUGAGGAUAUGUAGUAAGCUAAGAGGAAUGGGGUUCAUCAAGGUUAUUUAACUAUAGUUAAAAAGAUUCAACCUUGGUUAAGAAUAUGGGGUUGUCUUUGGUGUAAUAGAGUUUCCAAACAUAGUGUGGUUGGUACAUACUCAUAGAGUCUUUACAUGUUCUAUGUUGGCUUAUAAAGAGGGUGUUUCUAGUCUUCUAUCAAUGCCAUAUUGCUUUAUUUAAUAAUGUGUAGGAUCGGUUUACUGAACUUCUUGUUACAUUCUUGGUUUCGUUACGAUUUCCAACUAAUAUUUUCCAACAAAUUAAGAUGCAGUGCUAUACCAUUUCCCAAAUGAACAAUUCUGAAAUCAAUUGUCAAAAGUAUGGAAACUGAAGUUUGGAAAUUAACACUUCUCUUUAAAGAUGCCACAAUAUAAUUUUUUUUCUUUUUUUCUUUGGGUAAAGAGAACAUAAGGGCUUGAUUAGACAUAUAUAUGUAUUCAAAACAUGUAACAUGUAAUUUAAAUAGGCAUGCAGAGAAUCAAGAAUUUUUCAUCUUCACUUUACUGACCACACUGGUCACAAAACGGCAUUCCAUUCAUAGAAUUGAUGAAGAUCCACCACCACCAGUAGUUCCAUCCUGACCCGACCCGUUUGGGUAGUACCGAUCACCACCACCCAAAUCCAUAGACUGAUCCAACAUACCGUAACCAUAGGACCCGGAGGAGGUGGGACAUGAGGUAGUGGACCAUAAGGUAUUGUGCCAUGCGGUGGUGGGCCAUAAUGUGGUGGACCGUGAAACCCAAUACCACUUCCUCCAUAGGCCGGGUCAAACGACGAUGAUCCACCUCUAAGUGAACAUCCACGAUCGGUCUCGGACAGACGGUACCGAUUAAUGAACACAUUGAGUGGUUCAACGUAAUCUUCGAACCCGAGAUUGCUCAUAGCCGAAAGCAUAUCCCCAGCAGUUAUUGUCGUACGUCGCUCAGAUUGGCAAGUAUCGCUAGCUUCAGUGGUCACAAAGCUAAUAUACUUGGUGGCGCAUAUUAGAAUAUUUUCUUUGGCCUCUUCGGAGAUUCUGGCUUCCGAUGGUAAGAUUUUACGCAUGAUCCUUGUGACGCUUGCGAUUGGCAGGUACUGGUCUUGUUCAGGAGGCAUACGUACCAGUAGACAAGUUCAUGGGGUCUACUUUUUGUUGACUGGACCUGUGGACAUUCUUAAGCAUACUGUACAGAUUCUUGCCGUGAAGAUUAUAUUUUCAGAACAAAAAAACAGUCAAAGGAUCUUUCCUAAUUCGGAAUACGUGAAAUUUGAUGUUUAUGAAAGCCGUUAAGAGGAGCAAACCAAAAAAGAUAUUAUAAGAGUAAUUUAUAAUAUGUAUUUAUUUCGUUGAGUCGGCCCUACAAACAACAAUAACACAUACGAUCCCCACCUCCUCACAUUUAAAAGUCUGAGCACAAAUUUGAUAUAUAGGAAAAAAUGAAAUCCAAAAAAUUUAUUGUGCAUGCACCGGUAUAUUUAAUGGCACAUAUAUGAAAGACCAGCAGGUAUGCACGAACAUGUGAAUAGACAUAUACAUAAACUCAUUCAGGCAUGCAUAUAUAUAAGCGUCUUUUCCAAACCUUUACUAAUUACUUAAGACAUAAAAGGCUCUACUAUAUUAAGAAGACAUAAAUAAAUAAAAAAGACAUAAAUCUCAACUUCUUUGAUGAAAACUGCAGAGCUUCGAUGCAUUGCUUGGUCCCUGCAAACUUUACUUGACUUGGGUUAUCAAUAGAUAAUCAUUGGAAUUGAUAAUAAGGAUUAAGGAGACAUUAUGAGCUCUCUCCAAUAUGUCAGCUUGGCCGCGAUAUAGAUCCUUACUUGAGCGGAUUAUGGGUCUGAAAAGUUGUUUCAGAACAGUGAUGUUCGAACAAGAAUCGGUGAUGUAUAACUUCAUAGCGCGAGACAUUGCGAAGAGUGUGUUACAAGAUGGCAGGUUCCAGUUUUACCUUGCACUGGACGGUCCAACAUGGCUUUAUAACAGGAUUCAAGAUGAGGCUCACACCAACGUCUUUUCCUUUUACUUUUUGGUACCACCUCUUAAUUGAAUUCAGACGUUAAAAAAAGACUUCUUUGAUGAAAUGACAUUAACAAUUAAAACUAUUUUCUGAUUUUCACAAGGAUAUAUAAACACACUAUUUAACUACUCUUAAAUGAGAUUUAUUUAACUACUCUUUAAAUGAAUAAAUCUAAAAGCUAAAAUCUUAUGAUGUAUAUAUAUAAUUCUAAAUUAUCAAUUUUUUUUCACUCUUUUAUGGCCACACAUGUACAUUUUUUAUGGGAUUGUUUUUUUAUCAACCAUAGAGCAUAUUUAUUGAAAGUCUUUUAAGUUUCUCAAGAGAAAAUAUUAAGAAUAUGAGAAAGAAUGAAACUUAUAUUACACUUUUAUUACACUUGUUUGUAUUUCAUUAGUUUAAACAUUUUUAUAAGUGUGUAAAUUAUUUAGCUAAAUUUGAUUAUAAAUAUUAUUAUUAUAUUGGUAAGAAACUUAUAUGAAUCUCUUAUUACUAAUGAAGCUCUUAUCUCUCUUUUAAUAAAUGGAUUUCAUUCGAACUAUAAUUUUAUCAAAUUGUAAAACAAAGGAUUUGUAAACGUCUCGGCUUCUUUGUCUCUUUUUGGGGUUUUUCAUAUAAAUAAUAGAAGUUGAUAAAAGGUUUAGUUAAAAAAAAAUUGAUUUUAUAACUUCAUCAACAAUUUGAGGUUACUUGAAACAAUAGGUCUAAGGGAAGCUUCAUCCCUAAUAUCUUGAAAGUAUAAAAUUGAAAAACACUACUAUUAAAACAUGAAAGAUAACUAGAUACGAUUUUCAUGAUAAAGAUACAUUUUCUGACAUUUUAAAACUUUCCAAUGUUUUCAUCCACAUAGCUUCUUUUCAAUGGGCAAUUGUUUUUAUUAAAUAAAAAUAUUAACCUUUUCAAGAACUUUAAGCACAUUAAUACCCAUUAGGUGUUAAUUUAUAUAUUGUUUUAGUUAAAAAUAUGUAUAUCAAAAAAAUUGUUUAUAAAAUAAUUAUCAUUAACAUUUAAUUCAUAAAACAACUAACAGUAAAUAUCUUUUAAAUGGUUCUUUUAUUUUUUAAUUAAUUAACUAUAUUAAAAUUUCAAAUAACUUAUAUUGUAAAGAAAAUUAAAAAAUUACAGUAAAUCAGAAAGAGUAUAUGUUAUCUAAUAAAUAAAAGUCUAAAUUCUAAGAGCUUGAUUUUGUAUAUUGCUCUCCUCAAGUCUCGCUCAAAGUCAACCUUGGCCUCUUAUACCAAGCUUCCUUUCAGAGUAUAUGUUAAUCGUUUCUUUCUUAAAUAAAAAUUAUACACUUCAAUAAAUUUGUGAUUGAUAGUCUCUUUUCCUUAUUUUUUCCAUAUGUUGAUUUUCAAUUUCAGCGUAAGCAACUUAACUAAUUUUUUUUGGGUGAAAAAUCACAUGCCAAUAAAAAAUUAUAUUCAUAAAAAACAAUGAAAUGUAUAGUUGUUGUAAGCUAAGGUUACAUUUUUCCAUUUUUCAAAAUUGCUUUUGUAUUUAGUGGCAUGCACAAUAUCUAGACCAAGAGAUUGUAAUUAAUAGUUUUUUAAAAAAUAGCUUCUAAUUUGAUUGUAUACAUGUUUUUGGAUUUGAAUUGGAGAAAUUUGAACUUUCAAUGGAUACAUAACCUUUAUCUGGUUGGGAUCACAUUCUAUAAAUGAGGUUUUAAGCCUAGCUAAUCUUCCAGAUGAGUGUAACCAAUUUACAGUCUAUUUGUUGGAUAUUCUUAUGUGCCUAAAGCAUAGUGCAUUCAACGUAUCAGGAAAGGUGAAAGUGUUCCUAGUGAGAGCUGAACUCAAAAGAGAGCGGUUUUAUAACUUGUCCUCAAAUUUUUCACUACUAGGCCACUGCCAAUAGACUGAUAAUAAGCAUAAGUGUGAUAACAUAGAAUUCAACAUUUUUCAUCUUUAAAAUUUUUAUUUUGGCAUAGAGGAGCAAGGAGACAGACUAUGAAUCUAAUGGUUGAAUCAAAAGCUAUUUGUGCGUGUAUAUGAAAUUUGUUCCUCAGGCCCAGGCAUCGAUAUGCAGUCUGAACUGAGACUAGUCUCACUCGCCUAAUAGAGUUGAAAUCGUUUUGUUUUUGUGGCGUUUACAUGACUACGCGCACACAACAAUAAAACAAAAGAUCGUAAUCUUUGACGGUAGCUUUGACAGGUGGAACACUCAGAAGUUUCGAUGACGUGUGCGCAAUCUUGGCCGGCGAACAUUUUCUCCAUGUGUCACCGUCUAUGUCGUGGAUGCUUCGACAUUUUAAAGAUGGGCCGUGACAGCCCAAUAGUAUAAACAUAGGACCCACUUUGUGUGCCAUCUCAAUUCUAUUGGUCCAACUGUAAAAGGAGCUGUUUGUCUUCUUCACCUUCCCGUUCCUACUCUUAAUUAAACUGAUAAGGACCGUCAUUUAUUUAUUUUUAACAACGUCGCCUAAGUUAUAGCCAUGCAUUCUUAAAAAAGUAUAAAUUUUAAAUUAACAUAUGUAGAAUAGAUGUAUAAGAAACAUUGAAGCUGUACUCUUUAAAACAAAAACAAAAACAAAAACAAAAACAUCGAAUGUGUACAAGUAUUUCUCCUGCAUUUCCCAGAUAAUUAAACACGUAAUACUCUAAUUUGAAUAUAAUCAAUAACAGGCUACUGUUGAAAGAUAUCCCAUCUGAAAUUUAUUCAUGUUUCUUAAAGUUCCAACAAAAAUGUAUUUGUGUUUAGGUGUUUUAUUAAUUAUGGUGAUGAGGGCGCAGAACAUAAUUUGCAUUACUAAAUGUUUUUUUAUAGUGUCAUUUCAAACAUAAAAUUUAACAUUUUGACUAGAGAUUAUGGUAUACUUUAGACUGCAUCACUAGUUAAGAAAAUUUUACACAUAUAUAUAUUCCCCGAGUAAUGUUAUUGCUAACUCGAAAUAAAAGGAGAAAAAGCACUUCUGAAUGCCUUGCCAGCUUAAAAAAGCUUUGAAUCGCCCUCUUGAAAACAAAAUUUAUAAUUUUGAAUAAGUUAUAGCCUUUAUGAAAACCAUAACGCCUGAUGAAAGGUUUAUUUCACCUAAACACGGUCACGGCUCAUUAUAUUAAUUAGCCAGCUUCUUUUAUCACCAAAAACAAGCAACCAACACCGUCACAACUUGUUGACAGUCUUCCUCUAGGUACUUUUAAUUAACCCAAGUUGUCAGUAGAGUGGCUUUAAAUAAAAUCACAAGUGAUUAAUUAGAUAUCUCAAAAAGAACAUUAUAAGAGAAAGUAAAUGAAAGUUCAAACUAAUUCAUAAGUGGUUAGUUGAUUUAAGAAAUGGGCAUGCAUUAAAUAAAUGAUCGCGAAGAAUCGUAAAAAGGUCUUGGGCUUUUAGGUUUAGUGAUUUGAAAGCAUAGUAGUGUUUUAAUUAGGUUUCGAGUAUAUAGCAAAGAGUAAUGAUCUAGCCACGAGCUGUCUUGAAUACGGAACGGGAAAAGUAUGGCGUCGAGUACCUUCUCAUCAUGGCGUAUGAAUGGAAAAAUACCUUCAGCCAUACACUCUCCCUUUCUCAAUAUUUUCUCUACUUUUCCAUUGAUGUGGACACAAAAAUAACUGGAGGAUUUACUUAUAUUAUAAGCUUGAGUACUGAAAGAAGACUAAACUAUGUAAACCAAGUGGUAAAAGUUGAUGUGGAGUAAAGCAUAAAUCUGUUGGUUCUGGUUUCGGUUUUUGCUGGAAACAAAAAUGAUAUUACUUGAGCAGACAAAGAUAGACUCAUGUUUUAGCACUCGUUAAAAAUCCAAAACCGAACUAAUAAUUUGUACAGUUUCAUGGGGAUUAGUUGGAUUUUGGCCUAGGUAACCUCUGAUUAAUAAAAAGAAGAAGACUAUACUAUAUAAAGCCUUACUAAAAAAAAAAACUAAAAUAAAAUAAUUAAAUAACUAUGUAGUAACAACAAACAAUCAAAAGAACACAUAACAAAUGUAGAACAUAUAGCUCCCGCACAAAGGAAAAAAUGUUAAAAGGUGACUUAAAGUUGAUACAACAAAUAUCAAAUUUGAAUCAAAUGGUUAAAAAGAUUUCGAGUGAUCAUUGAAAUACUUUUUUCCUUUCUCAAGAAAUAUCAACCUGAGGUUACGUAUAUACGUUCAUUGGCAAAAGUUUAUUUUGAUAAUGCGAUUGUAUGAUAUUUUAUACAGACUUUUAAAAGGUGAUUAAAUGAAUUUGAUCAUGCUCCGACCACCACAGCAAUAGUCGUUACGCGUACCAUUUUAGAAGUACAUUAAUUAGUGGUGUAUUAGGUGCGCUUAUAACAUUUCAAUACGUGUGCAUUACGAAGUUUGCUUGCACGGUUGCACCCUAGUUUUGAUGAUGUUACGUUUUAUGGAAGCACAAUCAUGUCCUAUUUACCACUUAAUUCAAAUCAAAGCACUCGGACAUAUGCGAAACACUCUACCGAGGUUAGUUUUUAUUGUUUCAAAUGAGUUUCCUCGUAGCAUCGAAAUACUCCUUCUUCAUUAUUUUUUUUUCAUACCAAUUCAUGCUGUUGAUAGAAAUAGGUUAUUCAUGUGUAGUCUGUUAGAUAUUUGGCAUAUCAAGAUCUAGGUUAUGUGAUUAUUUUGGAUAUAUAUUUGAUUAUUAUCCAAAGUUCUGCAUAUCCAUUUAUUCAUUGCAAAAUCCAUGUUACUCAAACUCAAUGGUCUUUUUUUAAUUAAUCACUACAUAAAAUGUUAAAGGAAUUUAGGGAGUACUAUUAUUUGACUUAGUUUGUACAAAGCACGAAAACAGGAGGAAUCAACUAAAUAAAGCCAUUAGCUAUUAGAAGGAGCACUAUUUUUUCAAAAGUCAUUGUGAAACUGUGACUUUAAAAAAUCAAGUAAUUCUAGAAACCUUAUACUUUACUAAUAAAAAUGACAUGGAAUGGAAGACGGUUCGAGGGAGAGGAAAGCGUGGCCGUCGCGGUCGUGGUUCUUAUCACUAGUUACUGUCUUUCAUUGUAUUGUUGGUUGUUCUAGUCUCUAUCUUUGUUGUUUCAUAGAUCGGGAUUAAAUCAUUCAUGAAACUUGUUUCAUGCAAACUCUAUCAAACUAUAAGACUCAUAGUCUUAUCCUGUAAUAGUUUAUGUUUAAUUUGAAAGCCUUUA